GUGGCUGUCAUCCAGGUAUCCAUUCUCUUAUACAUCGCUCACGUUUUGGUACCUUUCCUAUGGAGCAAGAAAAUAGAUCCGGAUAACAGUGCCAUUCCAGGCAUAAUGGCAAUGGGAGAUCUCAUCGGAACCGCGUUAUUAACCAUCGCUUUCUUGGUUUUAGUCACUUUCGGCGAUCCCAAUGCUGUCAGCAAACAAAUUAAUGAAUUAUAAGCUAUUGUUUUAUAUAACUUUUUCAAAGCUGGU